AAAGUGCAUACAGAACUUGAACCCAUUCGCGGUCAGUGAAGUCCCCUUUAACAUAUUAAUAUAAAUGAAUUUCAUUUAUUAAACUGCCUCUACCUGUGGGAGUUUUUCGUUUGUUUGUUUGUCUUUAAAGCCUUUGCGGGUGAAUACGAGCCCCCUGCCUCCCCUUGGUCAUUGAUUGACGGUUGCCGGGGCAACACAACACUUUUCCGGGGGAAACCUCUCAGCCCCUGAAACUUUCCCAUACGGUUCAACAGAUCCUGAAACAGUCAUCAGGUUGUCACCCUGUAAAGCUGCCAACAGGAGAGGAGCAAAACUAGCAUGACUGACCUGUCUAAAGACAAAGUCCGGCUUCUAAAGAAGAGAGGCAGCGUGUCCUCCCGGGGAAGCCAUGAGGUCAAAGCCAGGGAGACAGCAGGCAAGACCAAGGACUCUAUAAGUACUGUUUCCAACAUAGACGAGGGGCACCAUGACGACAGCUUGUGGACAGCCGUACAAAUGGAGAGCACCUACCAGUUGGGACCGUACAAACGCGUUCCUUUCCUUGCUGUCCAAGACAUACUGAAGGAUGUGCUUGUCAGUUACCUGCAAGAGGAGAAAUAUGAUGUAGAGCGGUGUCGACUGUUGGCAAAGACAAUACCUGAGGUGAUAAAAGCCCGCGUCAAGGACCUAAUGAUUCCCCGAUUCAAGAUCAUCGUUCUGCUGUACAUCGGCCAGCUCUGUGAUCAGAGCAUGAUCAUCGGCAGCCGCUGUCUGUGGGACGCAACUAACGACACGUUCGCCUCACACAGCUUUAAGAACAGCUCUCUCUUUGCUGUGGCAAAUGUCUAUACGGUUUACUUUGAGUGAAUCAUACACACCUCCGACGAUGAUGACUGCCAUGAGCGGUGGACUUGCUCUUAGUGUGGUAUGAUAGUACAUGACAUGGCUUCCUGUAAUGUCAUGUCAUGGUGCCAAGUCAUAUUCAUGGUAAAAAAAAAAAAAUAAAUAAAUAAAUAAAAUACACAACACUUUAUGGUUAUGCAGUGGUAGGAGCAUUUUACAGGUUUGUGAAGAGACAUGGUGUUCAGAAAUAUUGAGAUGACAACAGGUAAUACUGUCAAAAUAUGUAUCCAUGUUCUAAAUAAUUAGUGUUGGAUUGUAUUUCAUAGAAACAUCCAUUUAAAUAGUUAAAAAUCAAAAUUGGUGCACCAGCAAUCACUUUAGUUUCAACAAGCCAUUAGCAAACUACAGUGUGCUUUGUUGUGGUAAAUGUCAAAAUAUCUCUCUCUAUUGCCACUUUUGAUGACAUGCAUUUUCCCAGUUAUUAAAAGGUUCAGGAUGUUACAGUUCACAUCAUCUCAAAUUACAUUAAUUACACAUGUUGCCAUAUAUCGGAUAAUA